AAAAAAUUUCAGGUGAAGCAUAUGCAUUGGUAUGAAGUGAGUGAGAAAGUUUCAGUUUGUGAAUGUAGAUGCACUAGAGCACGCUUACCACCAAGCAAAUUUUGGCUAUUUGAGCCUCGUUGUGGCUUCCAUGACAUAGGGGGUUGGUACGUUGAAACAUAUGGCAAAGAUAAGAAUGGUCGUACAAUGCCAUCACAAAGGUUCUGGGAUGGCUUGGACUAUAGUGAGCAAGCUGACAGAAGACUUCAUCCAGCAUGUAUCUGUUUGCUCUUGCAUAUCGGACACUUGAUCUUGAAUAUGCCAAAGCAAGCAAGAAAUCAUUUAGGAAUGUUGUUGGAGCACAAAUGUUCCGAAUUCUUCAUUGGUGCAAGAAACUUGUUCAAUAGUUACAGAAUGACUCUUGGGAUGUUCUGUAAGUACUGAAAGGAAAACUCAUUACAAGCCUCUAGUUGUUCUAUUGGAUAUUGCAAAUUCAACUUUUCAUCUGCCUAGUGAUCGAUAUGUUAGCCAAAUACUGAAGUUACUUCACUUGGUCAAGGGUUGGCUGCUGGUGCUGUUUUAAUAUAUAAGGAACCAAUAUCAUGCUUGAGCUGAUUUGCCCCAACAUCUAUUUUGUCAAAAGUAUUUUCUGGCGCUACUUGUCUCAGAAUUGUUGUGCAAUCCGAAUCUUCACAGAUAUACAUCAUGGAUUUCUAUGCAUGCAAUAUACCUCUGCAGUUGCCUUUCUGUUAUAAUCAAAGAUUCUUUAUUUUGGUCAGUAUUAUGGAAGCUAGUUGUUUCGCUGCACAAUGAGUUUCAUCCCCGUGUUGGAGAGGUCAUGGAGCUGGACAAUUUCCUGGAAUUUACUUGGCCAUCAUAGUUCAAGGCAUAUUUUUGUUCUGUUCUCUCUAGGUGCAGGAAGAAUGUGUAGAAGAGGCUAACCUCGGGUGGCUUGACCCACAUCUGUCCAUCGUACCAUCCGCUUUCUUCAUAAGGGAUGACCGCUGAUAGAAGUCUGUCACCGACAUAACUCCAACCCUGCAUUGUAAUUCAAUUGUCUUAAGUCUUAACUUCAACAGUUAUUUUAGUGUGAAGGUGCAGCCAUAGCUCAGUCACUUAACCAUCGGGUAUAGUUAGUGUGAAUGACCAACAGAUUACAUUCAGUUGAAAAUCUCAUUAUAAUGUUCACUUUGGCAACAAUAUAAACAGCAUGCAUGAUGACUACAAAAGGGAGUUCCGACAACUUCCAAUCCUUGGACAAAUGCAAUAUGGAUUUGAAUUCAUGAUAUACUACACCAGGACAAAUUUGUUUUUAAAUCUCUGCCUCACCCCAUCCUCCCUUGUCCCCAGUAAUGAAAUGGCUGUGACAUGAAGAACAAAAGGAGGAUUGGAAUUUAGAACGCACCAGAUAAAUCCUCAAGACAAUCAAAGACACAAUGAAGAGAGUUCCCGUUCCAGCAGCUAGUAUAAAUCUUAGAGGCUCCUGCAAUGUUCUGAACGUUAAUGCAGACAUUAAGGAAAUUUUAUGAGCGGUAUAAAUGUUGUGGGCAGCUGGCACGUAUUCGUGUGUUACGUUGUGUAUGCAUCAAAAUUUCUAGUUGAUUAGAUGUUUCAAUAAUUAUGCACACAUAUAUUUUAACUUCUUCCUUACUUUAGAAGGAUUAAAGCUUGCAGCUGCAAUUGGUCCUCCAAGAACUGUAAAUACUGCCAGCCAGAGACUUCCAAGGCGAAGGAAGAACGACCCCGGACCCAGUUCACCCACGAAUACAAGAUUCCAUCCUUUAGAGAUGAGUACUCAUUCACCUAUUACACCAUGAGGAAUCGGGGUUAGCAUAAAAUGAAAAAUGAAACUAGUUUUAGUGAAACAAUCCUGAUAACUAAUAAUUCAUUUUAAUCCCUUAUCAUGAACCGUUCCAAUUUUUAUGCAUGCAUCCACGGAUAUGUAACUCACUUGCUAGGUUCAGCCAUAAAAUUAAUGAACUAAUGAUACACCAUGCUAUAUCAUGUAGAUUUCAAAGAUCAUCCAAAAAAACAAUUAUUGCCACAAUUGUGUAGCUGUUAACACAUACCGGCCUCUGCUCAAAAGGGACUUCAAUUUCCAACCCAGGAUCCCAGCUACGUCCUGAAGAUCCGCUUGUUUCUCCAUCCAUCUCAUCUUUUAUGGCCUUAGCCUUGAUGGAAAUCCGGUGAGAAAAUUUUGAAGCUUUGUGAUUAUGGAUGAUCAAUGAGCCAUAACUGUUGCCUGGUCUGGCUUGUCUUGCACUUGGAAUUAGUGAACAGUAGACAUUUUGUCUAAUCAUUUACCUGUUGAGUUUAAGCUAUCACCAACGCAGCAGAAUAGAGUUUGGUUUAAAAUCCCGGUUCAAUUUCCGACUUGGAGGAUGAGGAGGAGGAGGAGGAGGAAGAAGAAUAGGAUAUUAUUAUGUUCAGUGAUUAAUUGAAAGUCGCAAAAAAUGGUUUUCAUGUCUUCGUUCCGAGGACCACAUAUUAUUUACAUGGAAGAGGAGAACAAGUAAAUAAACUCUGUAUUUUCCUAUUUUCAUAGAUGAGAAAGAGAGACCCUGUAGCCUACCCUGCCUCUAAGUUAUGUGGAGAAGCUUCUUGUCCACGUGGGCUUCUUAUGCACCGUCCAUCUGAUGCGCUUAACCCCCUUAGGACUGAGAUUAUCCGAACCAAAUGCAUUUCGUGCUUUUAUAUUUUUGUGGUCUGAGAAACGCCAAGGGAAAUGUUGCUGGAGCAACUUGGCCGCUGCUCCCUUGCACGCAAAUUGCAAUCUGUAUCUGUUGCCUGCACGCCGUGGGAACGAGCAUGUUCAGUUUGCAAGCAAAACAACGACACACCCACUAUCAAUCAUAACUUGACCAAAGCAAAGCAGUGUUGGAUAUUUAUAUAUUUCCAAUUAUUUAUGUGAGCAUAUAUUAUAAAAUAA